UUUAACCUCUUCCCGACCGGCCGUUGCAUAUAAACGGCCGGACGGUGGCACUGCAGGGUCGGGUGGCCGUUUAUAUACGGCCUUCCCGCACUCUGCUUGUGAGCGCUCCCUGGGAUCCGGUGCCCGCUGUGUCCUCCGGACACAGUGAAACACCGAUCGUCGGAUGGGACCUCUGUACGAGGUCCCGAUCAUGUGAUCACUGAUUGGCCAAUCAGUGAUCACAUGCAAAGUAGUAAGCAAGAUGUCAAUUCUGACAUCAUUGCUUACUACGUGUGAAAUCUGUGAAUGAUCACAGAGGUCACAUGGUACAAGGCUGUUGUGAAUAGCCUUGUACCAUGUGACCUCUGUGAUCAUUCACAGAUUUCACACGUAGUAAGCAAUGAUGUCAGAAGUGACAUCUUGCUUACUACUCUGCAUGUGAUCACUGAUUGGCCAAUCAGUGAUCACAUGAUUGGGACCAUCCGACGAUCGGUUUUCCACUGUGACCGGAGGACACAGCGGGCACUGGAUCGCGGUGCUGUACGCUCCCAGGGAGCGCGCACAAGCAGGGGGCAGGGAGGCCGUUUAUAAACGGCCACCCGACUCUGCACUGCCACCGUCCGGCAGUUUAUAUACAACGGCCGGGUGGGAGGUGGUUAACGAUAAACAAAGUAACAAUAGAACAUU